AUGGCUGAUGACAUAAAAAAGCGUAAACGAUUAUCAGGUUCGCAAUAUUUAAAGAAAAGACUAGCACGGGAGAAAGAUUUAGUUAAACAAAAAGGUAGUUUACUGAAAUUUUGUCAACAAAAUAGUCAAGCAAAUGUUAUUAAUGAUAAUGAUACUGAUGACAGUGAAGAAAAUAGUGGAAAUAAAAAUAUUGAAGAUCUAAGUAUGGGCGAAGUUGACAAUAAAAAAAAAGAACAUGACAAUGAAAGUAAAGAAGAGAUUAAUAUAACUGAAAAGAAUAGUGCCAAUUUAAAUAUUAAAGAUAUACAUGAUAUAAGCAGCAGAAAAGCUGAUUUUGACUCUGAAAAUGAAAACAAGAAAGAGAUUGCUAUAAGUAUUAUAAGUGAAGAAAAUAUUGAAAAUAAAAAAUCUUGUAAUUAUUACAAAAAUAUCGUAGUGAUGAAAAUUUUGAAAAAAUACUUACACAAGCAAGUUACUUAG